CUGACAUGACUGGGCUUAGUCCUUUCUUGCCGCUAGAUUCGUCUUUGAUGAAUGAGGCAUCAAUUCUUAUCGAAGAACUUAGUUUCAACUUCGAAAAAGAUCAGGAAGAUAAUGAUGUGGAAGAAAAAAUGGAGGAGAAAAAUCAAAGAAGGGAAGAGAAAUCGGAGUUAAGUGGUGAAGAGAAAGAAGAGUUAAGUGGUGAAGAGAAAGAAGAGUUAAGUGGUGAAGAGACAGAAGAGUUAAGUGGUGAAGAGAAAGAAGAGUUAAGUGGUGAAGAGAAAGAAGAGUUAAGUGGUGAAGAGAAAGAAGAGUUAAGUGGUGAAGAGAAAGAAGAGUUAAGUACUGAAGAGAAAUUGGAGGAAAAGCAAAAAAGUAAAAAGAAGAACAGGUAA